AUGGGAAACCAUACGAGCAAGAAAACAAUUGAAACAAUAUCGUCAUCGGCUACCAAUGUUAGCAGUAGCUUGCAUGGCACGACCGAAUUAACUUCCUAUGAAGCUACUUGCAGAUUAUACACGGAGCUGCGAACGUUAGACACGAACGUCCGAGCUCGAACGGAUCAUGUCAUCGACGUACUCGCGGGCGUCGAGAUCCGAGCACUUUCGUUCGAUUCACUUCUAGAGGCUCGAACGGAUCAUGUCAUCGACGUACUCGCAGUCAGCGACGAGAUCCGAUCACUUUCGUUCGAUUCGCAUCUAGAGGUGACCGAAUGCCUUUUGGAAAUGAACCAAGAGGUCAUCCGAGUUAUCUUGGAAUGCAAGAAAGACAUAUGGAAGAGCCUCGGAUUGUUCGAGCUUGUCGAGGAAUACUUUGAGAACAGCUUGAAGACACUCGAUUUUUGUUCGUCGUUGGAGAAGUGUUUAAAACGCGCUCGCGAUAGCCGGUUGCUUAUCCUCGUCGCAUUGCAACAAUUCUACGAGGAAAACGAAACUGGCUGUCGUGACGAUGAAGUUAAGUACGCUAGGACAUUGGAAGAGUUAAAGAAUUUCAAGGCGACCGGUGAUCCGUUCACCGAGGAAUUCUUUCGAGUAUUUCAAUCCGUUUAUGGACAACAAAUAACAAUGUUUGAGAAAUUACAGCUUCGGAAGAACAAGCUCAAUAAGAAGCUUAAGUACAUUCAUGCAUGGAGGAAGGUAUCUAGUUUGAUAUUUGUCGCCACAUUCGCCGUGGUUUUGAUCUGUUCGAUCGUGGCUGCAGCCAUUGCUGCUCCACCGGUUGCAGCUAUUAUGGCAGCUGCAACCUCGAUCCCGUUAGGUUCGAUGGGGAAAUGGAUCGAUUCCCUAUGGAAAAACUACGAAAAUGCUUUGAAAGGACAAAGAGAUGUGAUUAGCUCGAUGCAAGUAGGAACUUAUGUGGCCAUUAAAGACUUGGAUAACAUUAGGGUUCUCGUCGAUCGGCUCGAGAUCGAGAUCGAAUCUAUGUUGAAAAUCGCGGAUUUCGCGAUACAAGAAGAAACUGUUAAAAUCGGGGUGGACGAAAUCAAGAAGAAACUGGAGAAUUUUAUGAAGAACGUGGAGGAUUUGGGGCAACAAGCUGAUAUUUGUAGCCGAGACAUUAGGAGAGCGAGGACUGUGGUACUUCAAAGGAUCAUAAAACGUCCCAACAACUCAUAAAAUUUCACUCAACCCUUCAUUUCGAUGCCGAUAAGGUUG